AUGCACGAGAUCCAGACGGUAGCCAAAGAAUACAUAAACGAUGAGGAAGUCAGCCGAGUCGUGGCUGCCAAUAAACGGCAGUCCGGCUACCCCCAAUCUCGGCAACCCAGUAACGGAGAAAGGCUGAAAGAACAAAUCAGGGAGGAUGCGCCGAACAAGGCUCCCAGGUCGUUUCCCCGGGUCGGGAAAUUCGCCAAUUACACGCCACUCACUCUCCCCAUCAUGGAAGUUUAUCAACAAAUAGCCGAGAAGGGAAUCCUGCCGAAGCCCCGACCACUCAAGGACCGUACGGGGGGAAACAAGAACCUCUAUUGCGACUAUCACAAGGGUUACGGUCACCAAACGCAGGACUGCUUUGACCUAAAAGAUGCACUGGAACAAGCGAUAAGGGAAGGCAAGCUAACAGAAUUCUCCCAUCUCAUCAGAGAGCCGAGGAGACGCUAUCGCGACCAUAACGAAGAAGUCAAAACCCGUUCAGCAAAGCGGCGACAAGAGCCAGAAGAUAGGGACCACGGCCUCACUGUAAUAAACGUGGUAACAGCGAAAAACACCGCGCCGAAGUCCCGAUCGGCGCACAAGAAAGACGCCAAGGUCUUAGCGGUUUCCUCCUCGUUGGCGCGAAACUCUAAGAAGCCUCUGUCCAUUUCUUUCGGCCCGGAAGACAAAUGGUUUGAUGACGCCCCGGAAAACCCCCCCAUGGUCAUCACGGCCAGAGUGGGAACCGGCCUCGUCAAACGCAUCCUUGUUGACACAGGUGCUGAUUCAAACAUCAUGUUCCGCAACGUGUUCGACGCACUGGGGCUAAGGGACGCCGAUCUGACGGCCCAUCAACACGGGGUCAUUGGACUAGGCGACAACUUCAUCAAACCUGACGGAGUAAUAUCCCUACCGAUCUCGGUAGGACAAACCCAAGGUCGAAGGUCGACAAUGGCCGAGUUCGUGAUCCUCCGAGAUUCCACCGCCUAUAACAUCAUCUUGGGAAGGAAGACGAUAAACGAUGUUGAAGCGGUAAUCAACACAAAGCUACUAGUCAUGAAGUUCGUUACUGAUGAAGGAUCUGUAGGGUCCAUAAGAGGGGAUCUCGAGACGGCGGUUGCCUGCGACAAUGCCAGCCUCUCCCUGAGAAAGAGAUCGAAGGAGGCGUCUGGUGUGUUCCUGGCUGACCUGGACGCCAGGGUAGACGACAAACCUAGACCGGAACCAGAAGGGGACCUAGAAAAGUUCAGAAUCGGUGACACGGAGGAGAAGUUCACGUUCAUAAACAAGAACCUCCCACAAGAGUUAAAGGAACCCUUGAUCGAGAUGAUAAGGACCCACAGGGACUUGUUUGCCUGA